CGGCCGCCACGCUCGGCAUGGGGCUCCGGCUCCCGCUGCGCCGCAGCGCCAGCUUCACCCCCGACCACCCUGCCCUCAUGGAGGUGCCUGGCCCCCCCGCCCUGAAGAUGGAAGCAAACGUCCUCAUUAUGGGAGCGGGCAGUGUGGGGAAAUCAGCUCUGACUGUGCGUUUCCUGACCCGGCGCUUUAUUGGGGAGUAUGGAGACAUGGAAUUCAUCUACAGCCACAACCUGACCGUGGAUGGCCGAGAGAUUCUCUUCCACAUCUGGGACGUCCCCAAUUCCCAGGAGCAUGCAGAGGAGGGCUCCUCGGAGGAGAAGCGAAUCCAGUGGGCAGACAGCUUUGUCCUAGUCUACAGCAUCUGUGAUCGUGCCAGCUUCAACAUCCUGCCCCUCAAAAUCCAGUUCAUCAAGGCAGCCAAGGAGGGACAGAGCCAGGAGAAGGUGCCCAUUGUCAUUGUGGGCAACAAACGGGACCUGCAGCACCAACGGGAGGUGUCUAGCGAGGAGGGUCGGCUCCUGGCCCUCUCUUUAGACUGUGGUUUCUACGAGGUCUCUGCAGCCGAGGCUUAUCACGGGGCCCUCAUGGUCUUCCAUGGACUGGCUGAGCGCAUCCCUGACACCAAACUAGCACUGAAGAAGGGUACGGGGAUCCGUGGCAUCGUCAAGACCAUGUCAGCUGUGUUUGCCCGUAAGCGAACAGACUCCCUCUGAGCUACAGUGUGGGUGUUGCUUCUUUCUGUGCUGUCCGGCUGGAUUAAGCCUCCUGCUUUGGUGCCCGUGGAGAUGGCGUGUGUUCUCCUCAUGUUGGGGUCUGGGUGUCCUACCGUACCCAGCCAGCGCAGCCGAGGACUGUAGUGCCUUCCUCUUGACUCUGUGAUGGGGUAGAGUCUUUACCCUUUGCUGUACCAGCUUUUUAGCUGCCUCUUGCUUUCUCUCUUCAUCCUCCAACACUGGAAACCAUCAGGUGAUUUUGCCACAGCUUCAAGCAGCAGCAUCCCCAGCUCCUUCAGCAGGAGCUGCCCAGGCUGUUGGUGGGCAGGGAGGAGAUGCUGCUUCUGCACGUCUGCCUGGCUCCCUGUCCCCCCCGCUCAAACCCUGGAUCCUCAUUCCUGUUUAAUGCUUGUCAGGGGCCUCUUGGGUAACCCUGGAGCACCCAUGAGCUGUCAAGGUGGGGGCUUUGCCACCGGGGAGCCACUAGCAGUUCCCAUGUGUGCAUCACUGUGUCAGAGUGUCCAGAGCCAGUGGCACCAGCCAGCCCCUGAGGACCUCGGUGAGGGCUGAUGCCUCCCAUCCCACCUGCCUUGCUUUUGGACCAUCCUGCUCGUGGUCCUCUCUCCCACAGCCUUACAGCAAUUGCAGCCGUUUCCCUUGUGCAAGAGGCAUACAGGCUCUGCCUGGGAAAAACCAGGCACGUGGCACAUUCCCAGGAUGGGGAAUUGCACUGUGCGCCUUCCCAAGCUGCUCCUUCCACAAGGCUGCAUGUCCCUGGGGAGGAAAAGAGGUGGGGAAAGGGGUUGCUGGGCUCAUCGCUGAACCCUCCUGCUGCCGGGAGAUUUUUUUCUCUGUCUCUCCCCAAACCCUUCCCCUUGUGCGCCUGGGAAAGCAGCAUGUUGAAGAGAGUUUGUGUGUCAGUAGAGACAGUGAUUUCUCUGCUGUGUUCUUCUGGAAAUGCAAUAAAUCAUCUUUG